AUGUUUCUAGAAGUCGUAGCAAAGCCAGACACCUGGUGUAACUCUGAUCUCCAACCUGUGAGCAAGACAGAUCCGUUAGCUGUCUGCCUGAAGCUGAAGCAGCCAGGGUUUUGUACUGGGGACCUUCACAUGAGACCUUUAGCUGAGAAAGUUUCAGAGUUGGCCGUGCAAACUUUGGUAAAUAGUUGCAUAUUUUACUUGACCUUCUUUUUAACUGUUUUGCUUUUGUUUGUUACAAAGCCAUACUUGUUAAGGCUUCGACCAAAAUAAUUUUUGGAAAAGAGCCAUGUCCUGUGGAUAAAAUGUACUGCAGAAAAUCCAUAAAUGUAUUUAUUGGUUAUUAAAUGUCUCAUGAAUUAAUGAAUGCAUUUUAUGUUGAAAAAUGUACUCUAUGGAGACCUGAAUAGGAAGCCUGUUGAGUCCAUCAAUUCAUGUACGGGAUGUUGUGUAUACUAACAAUGCAGGUAUCAAUUUAAUUUUCAGAUUUUCUCUGUGAUACAUGGGAAAAUUUGCUUCACAUUAAAUGGCAUCUCAACAAUUGUGGAUUCUGGUGUGGACUUUUUUAUUCCUAGAGGUAAUUAUCAAUGUCAGUCUUUCAAUUAA